AUGUUCCGUAGGAAGACUUGUUCUAUCAAGAAAUUGGUCAAGAAAGCUACAUACAGAACGAGAUAUCUUAGCUUUGAAAAGUUUUAUAUUAAACAAGAAAGUUUAUUAAGACAUGGUAUUGAGGGCUACACAUCUACAUGUAUUGCUGCAGCUGCUGCCAGCAUCCGAAGAGGGUUCUUUGCUGUUUAUGUAGGUGUUGAGAGACAACGAUUUGUUGUGCCAACAAGCUGCUUAUCUCAUCCGCUCUUCAAGAUUUUAUUAGCCAAGGCUUUGGAAGAGUUUGGGUACAAUCAAAAGAACGGUUUGGUUAUUCCUUGUAGUGUUGCAACUUUUCAAGAGGUUGUUAUGGUGACGAAAUGUUGCAGCUGUAUGUUUGAUUUUGGACAUUUUCUCGAAGAGUUUAUUAUAUAA